AUGGCCUCAUCUAGGGACCCGAAUGGCGUUUGCCCGGGUUGUCAUAAUCCUUAUGGUGCCCGGACGCAUACUACAUGUAAGGGUUUCGGCAAAUGGGUGAUGAUUAUCUGGGGCGUCUUACUGCUUCUCGUCUUCACCGCCAAUAUCAUUGCGGUGUCCGUGACGAUCUGGAAGAGGUUCAAUGCCGGGCCGCAGCCACAGGAGAUUCAGCACAAAUUUGUCAUCUGGCUUUACGAGGCUUCGUACGCGAUGAUACUCGGGGUCAUGGGGCUUGCUGGAUGUUUUUUGGGUGUGCAAGGGAUUCGUCUUCGAAAAAAAUUAUAUUUGAAAUGGGCUUUGACCGUACUGACAAUAAUGCUCUUCUUUGGGGCAGCCGGCUGCGUGGCGAUCGUCUACGUUUUUCGAGACACUCCCUUCUUGUACAGAUUAUCGCUGGGCAUAUGGUUGUCACUAGUCCUACUAAGUGUCUGGGAGAACAAAAAGGCGCUCGAGCGAUGCGAGAAAUGUUAU